CACAUUUUGGCGUCCUUGUUAUCCAAACAAUCCUUCCAAAAGUCCAAGCUUCGAAGCCGCCAAGCAUUUCAACAAGGGAGGAUUGAAUACGGAAACACAGACAUUAAUUAAAGAAAUUUCAAGAAGACUAGAAGCGAGCGACCUCACCAAGAAAGAGCAAGAGAGAAUCAUUUUUGAGCAUUUGGGCUGUUAGAUUGGUCUCUCUUCGCCCAUCUUCAAUUUCCAAUCUUGCUAUUGAUGAGUGAUAGUCAUAAUCAAGAAAAAAGAAAUUCCAAGAUAUUUUGAAAUACGUCGCAGUCUUGGUUGGAGGAAAUAAUUUAUGUCAUUUUGUGUAGAUCUUUUUAUUGAAAGGAAACAAAGAUUAAGCUCUGUAAUCUAAUUGGGGCUUCCCAAAAUCUUGAGGGGUUGAGAGGAGGUUGACCAGAUGAAUGUGGUGGGUAGGGUUGGGAGCCUAAUUUCCCAAGGUGUUUACUCUGUUGCUACUCCUUUUCACCCCUUUGGUGGGGCUGUCGAUGUCAUUGUCGUUCAGCAGCAGGAUGGGACAUUUCGAAGCACGCCUUGGUACGUACGGUUUGGUAAAUUUCAGGGAGUUCUGAAAGGUGCUGAGAAGAUUGUCCGCAUAGCUGUCAAUGGCGUUGAAGCCAAUUUCCACAUGUAUCUUGAUAAUUCAGGCGAAGCCUAUUUUAUAAAGGAGGUUGAUACUGGUAAAGGAAGUGAGACAAAUGGGGUUGUAAAGGAUUCUGAUAAUUUAGAAGUUACAGUAGAUGAUAGUAGUAUAGGUGAUAAUAACAAAGACAGUAGUAAUGACAACAUUGAUGACAUUCAUAGACUUGAACAUAGUAUCUCUGAUUCAGUGGUGGUUCGAUUGCGAGAUGAAUCUGUUUCCUUGUAUGCAGACAGAAUUGAGAGGGUAGAAUCUGAUGUUGAGAGAAGGUUUUAUGACUUCCAGGAUGAACAUUCCACUUUGGAGGAUUCGGUUGAGUUGUCAGAAUAUGGAUCUAAUCGAUACGAAAGUUUAGAUGGUGAGGAUUUUGUGGCACCCCAAUGUUUGGAUUCAGAAGUGAUCUUGGUGAGUGUGGAUGGUCAUAUACUGACAGCCCCCAUCUCAGCAUCAGAGCAGAAUACGGAGAAUGUGCAAUUAAGCAUACCCCAGUUUCAUUUGGGCCCAGCUGAAGGGACAGAUUUUUGUGAAGGCAAUGAGGAGUUUAGUUCAGGUGACAAUGUUUGGGCCGCAGAUUAUAUUAAUAAGCUGAGGGCAUCUACAGCUAAUGUUGCAUCUGAUGAUGUCCGCAGCAUUAUUAAUGAUGACAAUGCUGUUGGGCGCCAGCUGGAAGUUUGUGAAGGAGAAGGGGAGCAUGUCUGUCAAUCUCAAGAAGCUCUGAGCAUUUCAGAUCAGGAAGGAGAGAUGCUCAUGCAUAGUGAUUCAGAAGAAGUGUCUGCUAAUAACAAGAGGGAAGAGGUGUUUAAGAGCUGUUUGGAGCUAUCAGAGUUGACCAAACAGGUUGCAAAUGCUGAUUUAAAUGAUGUGAAUUGCUCAUUGGAUGUACAAAAUUCACAACAGAUAUCUCAACAGAGUUCUCCAGUAGCUAGUGAAGACAAAGAUGAGGGCGUUGUUGAAUCUAGAAAGAAUGAUGAGUUAUCUGCUUCCUGUAGUUCCAGUUCUUUGGGUAACAGGGCAUCUCCAGGCUUACAGGUUGGAGUUGAAUCAGUUGAGAAAAAUGCAUUGAGUGCACAUCAUAUAGUUUCUGACAGCAUAUCUGUUAAUUCUGUCACUAAUGGUUCAGAAUCUAAGGGCAAAAACUUGUCUACAUCAGCAGCAUUCGAAGGGAUAGAUAAUAGUCCGCAGAGAACUGUACUGGAAGAUGAGUGCAGUAAAAGCGAGCUAGUGGAACCUCAAACGGAAGCUUCCAGUGAAGGGAUACAAACUCACUCUAGCAUAAGGUUUGAGAUCUCGCUCUGUCGGAAUGAACUUCAUCCAGGUAUGGGCUUGGAUGCUGCUGCUGAAGCUUUUGAUGCACAUCGGAUAUCUGUAGAGGAGUUUAAAAACUCUGCAGUAUCGCAUAUUAGAAAUGAGAAUCUAAUCAUCAGAUUUAGAGAGAGGUACUUGCUGUGGGAAAAAGCUGCUCCUCUUGUUCUUGGAAUGGCUGCCUUUGGCUUAGAAUUACCUGUUGAGCUCAAAGAUACGAUUCCUGUGGAACAGGAUGGCACACCACAGCCCAGGGAUGACAAUUCUGGUAACCCUCCUUCAUCUGGACGCAGAUGGAGGCUCUGGCCUAAUCCAUUUAGAAGAGUCAAAACACUUGAGCAUGCUAGCAGUAAUGCAUCGAGUGAGGACGUCUUUGUUGAUUCUGAAUCUGGUAACUCACAAGUGGUAUCAAGUAUGACAUCGCAUGAUAGCAAGGAGUCUCCUCACAAGCAAUUGAUGAGGACCAAUGUUCCCACUAAUGAGCAGAUAGCAUCUUUGAAUCUGAAAGAUGGUCAAAAUAUGAUAACUUUCAGUUUCCCUACCAGGGUUCUAGGAACACAACAGGUUGAUGCUCAUAUUUACUUGUGGAAGUGGAAUGCACGGAUUGUAAUUUCAGAUGUUGAUGGGACAAUAACCAAGUCUGACGUUUUAGGCCAAUUCAUGCCUUUAGUUGGAAGGGAUUGGACUCAAUCUGGGGUUGCUAGACUUUUCUCUGCAAUUAAGGAGAAUGGAUAUCAGCUGCUGUUUCUGAGUGCACGUGCAAUUGUUCAGGCAUAUCUAACUAGAAGUUUUUUGCUCAAUGUGAAACAGGAUGGAAAAACUUUACCAAACGGACCUAUUGUCAUUUCACCCGAUGGAAUAUUUCCCUCACUGUACCGAGAAGUAAUAAGAAGAGCACCUCAUGAAUUCAAGAUUGCAUGUUUAGAGGAUAUUAGAAAACUCUUCCCUUCUGAUUACAAUCCAUUCUACGCGGGAUUCGGAAAUAGAGACACAGACGAACUCAGUUACAUGAGAAUUGGGAUCCCUAAGGGCAAAAUAUUCAUUAUCAACCCUAAGGGUGAGGUAGCUACUAGUCAUCGCAUUGAUGUGAAGUCGUACACAUCUUUACACACUCUUGUCAAUGACAUGUUCCCUCCAACUUCAUUGGUUGAGCAGGAAGAUUUUAACUCAUGGAAUUUUUGGAAAAUGCCUGUGCCAGAGAUUGAGUUAUAGGACCAACAACAAGAUCAGUGGCUUGGGAUGUCCCACAAAAUAUGAAUACACUCGACAGUCUUCUUGUUUGGCUGUUUGCCCUGGCUGCCAGAAUUGAUGCUUCUUGGUUCAUUGGUGGUUUGUAGUGUGCAAGCAGCCCUUGUUGUACGGGAAGUUUUGGGUAUUUGAUGGGUCAUAAAGAUCUCUCACUGAAUAAAAAUUCCUGCUGACGUUUACAGCUCCCUUGUACCAGUUUCUUUCUUUUGGUUUUGUAUAAUUUCUCGACUCCUGACUCAUUAAUAGAAGGAUUUGGCUUA